CAGCAUUAAAAAAAUAUCAAAAAAUUCAACAAAAUUUGUGAUUUUUAAUUUCAAAUCAUGGCUGAGCCUGGUAGUGGUAAAAAUUAUCCCAUAACCAGCUAUGAGGAGCUGCUGCUGCAUCGCCAAAUGUGCAGGCAAGAGAAGCGCAAGGAGCAGAAGCGACUCAAGCGGCAGCGUAAAGCGUUGGCAGCGCAAAGCAGCGACUGGCGCUUGAGCGCUGAGCAGCGCAAACAUAUGCGCAAGGACAUACGACAGACGCGCCGAGAAUUGCGCGCCGAUCGCAAACAGGAAAGAGCCGAAAGGCGCAAGCGCCGUGCUGAGGCCAAGCAAAAGGCUGUGGCUGUGGCGCGCUGCAGCUUGAAAAUGCAAGAGCUUUGUCUGCGUGAGGAGAUGCCGCAAUCAGCUAAAAGCAAUGAGUUGCCAAAAGUGGCGGCUGCCACUAGGGGAAUGACUCAGCAGUUAAGCAUUGCAGGCGCCACGAACAAGCCGCGCAUUGCCCAAAUUGUUGCCGCUCAGCCGCCGCUGACUGAGUCCAGCAGGGAAACGCUGCUGCGUUUGGAGCAAAAACAUCUCAAGCAGCGCUUGGCACAGAUAAAGCAAAUGGCAAAAAUAGAGACAACUAAACAAUCUCAAGCGCUGCUUGCAGCAAUGCGCCCUAAUUUGAAUUCGUAUUUUGCUAACUAAAUACUAAACAAGCAUAAUAACAAAUAAUUGUACAACAAAAAUAACACAAGCGCUUGAAUAUUAAAUGACAUA